CAAAGAGGCUACACUUCAGCUUUUAUAAACUCUAGAGAGAUUAUUUAGCGAACACGACACAACUCCUGCCUUUAUUCAUUAUAUCCUGGCUCUUGACUGUCAAUUCCUCUGUGAAAGCGAUCAGGAAUAGCGGACUUUUAACGUGUUCAUAUGUAAACAGGCCUGAUGGAGGAGACACACCGUCAUGAGAAAAUCAUAGAAAAUAAACACUCACUGAAGAGAAAAGGCAAGAAAUGCGUCACCUGCACUCAGUGUGGAAUAAGUCUGUUUAACAAACGGAGUCUCGGAUAUCACAUGAUGAUCCACACCGGAGAGAAACCAUACAAAUGUUCUCAGUGUGGGAUGAGUUUCAGACACCCAUCAAACCUUGUUAAACACAUGAAGAUCCACACUGGAGAGAAACCACACAAAUGUGAUCAAUGCAGCAAAACAUUUUUGAUGGCUUCAUACCUGAAGAGACACCUUACAGUUCAUACAAAGGAGAGGCCUUAUUCAUGCACUGUGUGUGGAAAGAGUUUCAGACAUCCAGAUGGUUUAAGAGGUCAUCAGAAAAUCCACACCGGUGUGAGAGAGCAUAUUUGCUUGGAGUGUGAGAAGACCUUCAUUACGGCUGUAAAAUUGAAAACGCAUGAGAGAAUUCACACUGGAGAGAAACCUUACACCUGUUCACACUGUGACAAGAGAUUCAGUCUGUUAGGAAGCCUGAAAACGCAUGAGAGAAUUCACACUGGAGAGAAACCUUACACCUGUUCACACUGUGACAAGAGAUUCAGUAUAUUAAGAAGCCUGAAAACACAUGAGAGGAUUCACACUGGAGAGAAACCUUACACCUGUUCACACUGUGACAAGAGAUUCAGUAUAUUAAGAAGCCUGAAAACACAUGAGAGGAUUCACACUGGAGAGAAACCUUACACCUGUUCACACUGUGACAAGAGAUUCAGUAUAUUAGGAAGCCUGAAAACACAUGAGAGGAUUCACACUGGAGAUAAACCUUACAAGUGUUCACACUGUGACAAGAGAUUCAGUAUAUUAGGAAGCCUGAAAACACAUGAGAGGAUUCACACUGGAGAUAAACCUUACAAGUGUUCACACUGUGACAAGAGAUUCAGUAAAUUAGCAAACCUGAAAACACAUGAGAGGACUCACACUGGAGAGAAACCUUACAGGUGUUCACACUGCGACAAGAGAUUCAGUGAUUCAAGGAAUCUGAAAAUACAUGAGAGGAUUCACACUAGAGAGAAACCUUACAGGUGUUCACACUGUGCCAAGAGAUUCAGUAUAUUAGGAGGCCUGAAAACACAUGAGAGGACUCACACUGGAGAGAAACCUUAUACAUGUUCACACUGUAACAAGAGAUUCAGUAUAUUAGGAAACCUGAAAAGACAUGAGAGGACUCACACUGGAGAGAAACCUUACAAGUGUUCACACUGUGAAAAGAGAUUCAGUAAUUCAAGGAAUCUGAAAAAACAUGAGAAGAUUCACACUACAGAGUAACCUUGAAGGUGUAAGUUCGCCAUAGUCAAAAAAAACUGCAUAUCUGCUUUGUUUCUCUUUAGAUAAUCAAUUCAGACACGUGUUGUGAAAUUAGCUCAGUUUUUGAGUAUUAUGAUCAAUAAUAAUGAGUUAUUAUUAAUUAUGAAAUUGUUAAACAGACUCUAAGAUGGGACAACAGGACAGCCAAACUUCCACAUGUGUUACUUUUCUUUCCACUGAGAGUCUAGUUAAGUUUAGUGUGUCGCGAAGCCAGAAGUCCACAUGACUGCAGUCUUUUGUCGUCUUGAACGUGAAUCUCCAGACUUAACUCCAAGCCUCAAGUGAACAACGAAUCAACAACAGGCGAACCCAUGCGGGAACCCAGUUUGGCAGAGGCAGUUCUCCACAUCACAGAAGGAACACAGGUCUGAUGGAGAAGUGUGGAAAGAGUUUGGUAUGCAAAAAGACUCGCAUGAGGAUUCACACUGGAGAAAAAGCAUUCACAUGUACAUGUGUGGGAAGAGUUUCAGACAAUCAUCAAUCCAUUAAUUCAAUUCAUUUUUAUUUCUCUAGAUUGUCAAA